AUGUCGUUAUCGAUAACGAAUUCUGGGCUGCCUCCUUCGACUACAACAUCAACGACGUCGAUCGAUCCAACCAAAAAUGUUGAGCCACUUGCUGUUCGAGUUAUGCGAUUAUCCAAACCAGCUUUGUAUCAAAAUAUUCCAGUUUACGGUGAAGAAGAAUCAUCUUCAUCAGUAGAUGCAUUUCUUACUGGACAGUCACAUGAUAUGGCAAUCGGAGAUGAUCAUUCAGUGUUAAGUCAUUUACUCGUCCUUCCAUAUAGUUUUGGGAAUGUGUUUUUGGGUGAAAUAUUUUCUGCUAUUGUUGCUUUACAUAAUCAGAGUGAUCAGAUACUUCACGAUGUGAUUCUAAAAACAGAUAUUCAAACGGCUACGCAACGGAUUACUUUGAAUGUCACUGAUCAAAUCGAUUCGAAUAAACUUGAAUUAGCACCUGAUCAAAGUAUUUCACGGGUUUUGCAACAUGAAGUUAAAGAACUUGGCAAUCAUUCUUUAGUGUGCACUGUGACGUGUACCGAUCAGAACGGCGAAAAACACAAUUUAAAAAAAGUAUUUAAACUACCUGUGGGCAAACCAAUUGAUCUUAAGACGCGAUUUAUUUUGGGCGCAACGCAUGAUGAAUAUUACAUUGUUGCCGAUAUUCAAAAUCAAACGCCAACGAUUCUGAAUAUGACGACUGUAGAUCUAGAGCCAUCACCUGCAUAUACAGUUACAAAUAUGAGUAAUCUUCAUCAUGAAAAUUCCGAAAAUUCACUCUGUGAGCCAUGGCGUUUCAUUCGUCCGACUGAAACGACAACUUACAUGUUUUAUUUAAAACCUCGAAAAGACGCCACAUUUGAAGAAAUCCAUUCAACGCCGACCUUGGGCAAACUUGAUAUUGUCUGGAUGUCGGGUUUUGGCGAACGCGGUCGUCUACAAACCAACCAACUUCCCAAACCAACUCCAUCGAUCGCUACAACUAACUUAGGAUAUCUACCUGAUUUACGUAUAUUUUGUAUGCGCGGCUUAGGUCAAUGUCAAGUUGAAGACUCACAAAAGUUUUCUAUAAGAAUUCUGAAUUGUACACAACGAUCGAUGGAUUUAUCGUUAUCGUUUGAUAAUAUAUUUUCCAAACGUGAACAGUUUUUGUGGAUCGGAGUUAUUAGUAAACAAUUGGGAAGAUUAGAGGCACAUCAUACAUAUGAUAUCGAUAUAGAACUUGUUCCAUUAACAUGCGGAUUGAAAAGAAUUGGUGGUUUGAAAUUAACAGAUUUAUCAAUGAGACAUACAUAUGAUUUCGAUGAUUUUCAUCAUCUGUUUGUUCUACCUAAAAUUGUGCAUUAA